AUGUCCAAAGCUGUGCUCUCCGCCGCUGAAAAGAACAAGUUCAAGGACAAGGUCGCCCCCGCCGAGGGCCCCAAACCCAGGAAGGACAAGGUCCUGCUGCUCUCUUCUAGGGGUGUCACCCAGAGGAUGAGGCAUCUCAUGCGAGACCUCGAAACCAUCUUGCCUCAUACCAAGAAGGACGCCAAGCUUGACGCCAAAUCCUCCCUUCACCUCAUCAACGAGCUCGCCGACCUCCACUCCUGCACGAACACCCUCUAUUUUGAAGCCCGUCGUCACGAGGACCUCUACAUGUGGAUGUCGCGUACCCCCAAUGGACCCUCUCUUAAAGCGCACGUGCAAAAUCUGCACACCAUGGACGAGUUGAAGAUGACUGGAAACUGUCUGAAGGGAAGCAGAGGGUUGGUCUGCUUUGACGGAGCGUGGGAAGGGGAGCACUGGGAGUUGAUGAAGGAGAUGUUCACGCAUACCUUCAGUGUGCCGAGGACCUCCAGAAAGUUGAAGCCUUUCGUUGACCACAUUCUCCUCUUCUCUCUUUUGGACAACAAGGUCUGGUUCCGAAACUACCAAAUAAUUGAGAAAGACCCCCUCACCCCCACUGGCCCUCCCCAAUCCUCCCUCGUCGAAAUUGGUCCCCGAUUCGUCCUCACCCCUAUCAAAAUCUUUGAAGGUUCCUUCGGCGGCCCCACCCUCUUCUCCAACUCUGAAUUUGUUACGCCCGCUGCUAUGCGUGCUAGCAUCAAGAGAGAUGCUGGUGAAAAGUACAGGAUCAGGAAGAACAACGAGAACGAGAGGGAGGAGAGGAAGAAAAAGCUGAAGGAGGAUGCUGGCGAGGACGAGUUGGCGAGGGACAUUGUGUUUGCUUAG